AUGUCGAGUUACGCAGAAGCAGCGAGCGAGGCGGCGGCUAAUGGAGAUAAGGGCGAGAUCGUUGUUGUGCCGCUCGAGGAUCAGGGGAACGUCCUUGGAGAGGAGAUCGUCGGGGCCGAGUCGGUGGGGGAGGAUGGUGGAGACUGGAGAGGUCCUGGGGCGAUCCCUUUUGUAGCUCUGUCUCACAUGCCUUCUCUCUGCAACGACGACGAGGAGGAGGCCUCCAUUUCAGCGACAGAGGAGCUCUGA